AGGUUUCCUGAAAGACGAUACAAAGGAGGUCAUGCUACCUUAGAGACUUCAUAUCGAUACUGCUUUAAUUCACAGAGGAGACAUGGACUCCCGAUCCCAGCAGGUCCCCUUUAUGCAACAGCCACCCACAAGUAGAGACAAAAGAAUCCUUAUUUGUGCAAUUUAGCAUAGUCGUCUUGUCCUCAGCAGUGUUAGGCUGAUUAGCUUCUGGCAAUGAUGUGGCUAGAUUCUCUGUGGUUUAUAAACUAACCAAAUAUAUUCAUUUCCCUAUUAUGCAUGAAUAAACAAAUAGAAGCUCCAGUGCUGUUUGUCUUAUCAGCUGUUCAGAACUUGCUUAGGCCCAGCCACAAAGUAGAAUAUCAAAAUAAGCUUUUCUUUUUUUUAAUUUUAAACAAGAAAAAAAAAGGAAAGUAGUUUUAAAGAAGUCAAUUUUAUUUUCAUUUUGUAAUUUCUAAUUUUUUUAAUGCAAGUCUUGCAUUUCUUCAGUUCGUAAACAUUCAGACAUCCUGAUUCCUAACAGAACAAAGCCUGUGUGUUAACCUGAAUACUUUUUUUUUUUUUUUUUUGCUAACCGGGGGGAUUUUUAACUUUCGGGUCAUAGCAGUUUAAUUACAUGCUAAAGGAUACAAACACUAAGCAAGUGGUCAAUGAUGUAUCUUAUGAAACAGAUGAUUUAACCUGUGAAAUGAGUGUUGGGUUGCUUUUGUAUAAGAACUGAAAUUUGAUAAAAAUGAGAGUCGCCAUUUUUAAUAGCUUAAAACCAUUUUAGCAAUGCUGGAUAGGUAGGCAAACAUGAGAUGUAACACCAGUAGUUUUUAAACGGUUUGUGUUUUUUGCAGGUUUUUGUUUUCUGCUUUUAAACAAAAGGAAGGAUCAUUUAUAGAUAAUCGAACUGCUUGCCGGUUGUCCUUCUGCUCGUGAUUUCAUCUGCUUUGUGUGUCCAUUUUUUAGAUAGUGGGAAGCAAAAUAGCUUUUUGGCUUUCCCUAUCCCAGUCAGUUCCUCGACUUAGAAUUAGUAAGUAAAUAAAUAGAACUAAGUUAAAUAACUUAUCCUUGCAUCCUCCUGCCUUUUGAUUCUGUACGACAGACUUCUAUCGACAAAGCCCAAAAGAUUUUUCUGCCCAAAAUCAGGAAUGAGUGAAUCAUUCUUUUUCUUCCAGAAGUUUGCAUUAACAAACGGCAACUGGAAAGUGUGUAAGAGCUGAUUUGUCUUUUAAGAUGAGAGAAGCCAGCGUAUUGCAUUUCUCAUUCAUAAUCCCCUUCGGUAAUCCUAAUCCAUUUCAGAUCUGUGGCCUUUCUUAAGCAUCACAUGGGAGGGUUCUUAAGGCUGCUCAAAACAACUGUGCAGUAAAUAAAUUGAAAGGUCUGCACUUGUUGCAGAACACCACACACGUCUUGUGCUGCAAGUGCUAAAAGAGAUGGGAGUUUCCAUUGAGUGGCCAAGGGAACAGCUUACUUGAGAACUUAGAUCUCUGAGGAGGACUUUCUGAAUCAAACCAAGUAAAUCACUUCAAAGAUUAUUGAUCACUUUGAGAAUUGAAUGCUGGUUAUGUAAGCAUAUAAACAAACAAAAAAUCUAAAAAAAAAAGUGGAGCGCUUCUAUGCUGUUUAUCCUUAAAUUAGAAAUUGGUAGCAAGGUAAGUUGUAUUUUUCAUUUUGUUUUUCUCUGUAACAGUUUUGUGUGCAGAAGUAGUUACUAAGCACUCAUAGUUUGAGGUGAAAUAUCCUUUUUUGUAUGUCAAACUAUGUAAAAUUAUUGGGAGUUUUCUAAUUGAAAUUCUCUUUUUUGGCAUUGCAGUAGCUGUUCAGGUGCAGAGGUCAGUGCAUGUAUAAAAUAAAAUUAGCUUCACCUUCUGUUUCCAGCUAUGAGCAGCGCUGAGUCGGAUGUACACACAGGACAUAGGUAUUUACCCUAGGAAGUAAAGGCAGGAUCAUCACUUCCCCUAGUGCUAGCUAGCAUCUUUAUUCUUGUGAGACUUUAUUUGGAAUUACUAUUUUUUUUUUAUUCAUUGGUAGCUCUUAAAUGACCUGUUGCCUUUUUUCUUUUAGCAGAGCCUAAAUUUAUUUCCUUCUGCCACCCAUUUUUUUCACUGUUUUUUCCUAGUAAAGUCUCAUCAAAUCUGUCUUGUCCCCUCAUUGUCUUCCAGAUUCAUCUCUUCAGUUGUCCAAAUGUCUGUAACAUUGUCAAGACGGUGGGGAUUCUGUUGAGUACGUGAAGUGUGUCGUCUUUCCUAGGAGCCGUGGUUUUUUUGGAGUUAGCUCUUUGCCGUGCCAAAGCAAUCUGGUGCUCCUUGCAAAGGCCUUUGGUUCAUGUGGAUGGAGCACCAAAUUCUGUGCAGAUCUGUACUCUGAGCAAGCUCAGUGAUGUGAUGGAAUGUGUAGAACUUGACUCAAAAUGGUUUCACUUGUUUUGGUUUUGAAGGAGUUAAAAAUAAUAGUCGUGGUAAGCCAGGAAAUUUCCUUAGGCUUUUUUUUUUCUUUUUGGUUUUGGGGUGUGGGUUUUUUUCCUAAGUUGACAGAAAUGGAUUUGUGCAGGUCUUCCCUUAAUCAGUUUUAUGUCUUUUUAUGUCCUUUAAUCAGUUUUAUGCUUGUGUUUAUUGCAAAAGUGAGUAUAUCAUCCCUUUGCCUUAGGAGUACAUAUAGAGUAGGGAUGUUAGAAACUUCUGGCUUUUGGGGCUAACUGGUGAGCAGGGAAAGUGCAUCUUCUCUGUGUGUGUGUGUGGUCUCCAAUUGAAACAUUAAGCUUUGUUCUGUUAGUUGUCUACAUCUGUGUGCCACUCUGCCUCCACACUUUCUGGUGGCAUUUAACUCCUGGCCUGAUGUAAGCAGAUAUAGCAGGUUUUAUCACCUUGCUUUACUUCCAUAUACGUUUGCCAGGGGAUGCACCUUGCAGCAUUGUGUCCCAGUGGAAAGUCAUGAGCUGAGGCUGAGAUGCAUAUGCAUGUGCUGCAACUUCCCCAAAAGUUUGGGGAAAGCCCGUCGCAGAGGGCUUUUAACUGGACUAAACAAAACGUAGGCAUGUCUCCAGCUGGGGAACGGUGGCUGAGAGGAAGGUGAGAAAGGAGCGGGUAGCUGGCUGCUUCCCAGAUGCACUGUUCUAUCUCAACUGUUGUUUAGUAUAACCUAUAUUUGAGGUGAUGCCACUGCUGAAUUUUCUCAAGUCUUCCAGGCUGCAUCUUUUUGGGCCCCUGUUCCUUUUUCUUCUUUUUCUCGCCAGAGGUUUUAAGGUAGGGGAGAGGUGCAUUUCACUGUUGGGUGGAUGAGGAAGGAUCAGAGGUGCUGAGCAGUUGAGCCGGCUCUAUUUCUUCCUCGCUCCUCCCACCCUUGAAGCAGGUUUGAUAUUGUUGGAGUCUCCAGUUUAUUGCUGUGCACUGCUUUGGUCAGGCCUCUGUCCUCAGAAGAGUCUGAGGGUAAGGAGGUGGAAAAAUUUGCAGAUGCAGGAAUUGCUUGGGAGAGACUUGUUGACAGACUCUUGAGGACAAGAGAAAGAGGUAGGUGAUAUUGCCUAGGUGAUAUUGCCUGUGCUUGCUCUCUGCAGUUGCACCUAUAGCACAUUAGUACUGGGCUGUACCUAUACCUGGAUGGCCACAAUUUAUGUUUUAAGUAGAGCUGUGAAAAAUUAACAAAUGCUUCUUUAUGUUUUGGGGGGGAAGGGAAAUGAGACAAAGUUUUAUUCUGUGCCUCCAAAGGUGGUUUCAGAGAGAUGUUGAAAUUUUCAUCUCGAAAAAACUCCCGAGAUCACGUCUUAUCAGGCAGUACUCCUGAACACAUCCUAGGCAAGCCAGGUACCUGGCUCUGUACUUGAGCACUUGCUUAAAUUUUGUUCUCCAUUUUUAGGAGUGAUCUGGCAGUGUUGCAGUUCCUGAAAAAGGAGUUUUUUUUCUCAUGGUUACAUUUUUAGAGGUACCUUUAAAAGGUGCUUUUCUCUUCUGAAAAGCUGACGCAUCUGGCUUUCAUUGAAACCAGUAGUGCUGCUGAGGAACCUGAUACUAAAGAUACAGCUAGGCACACAGACUCCCAUUAGUGUCUGGGGUACGUCUUUGGGGUCAGUUCAUCUGAAAGGAAUCCGUUUCAUGCAGUUUCGGAGUGCUCUGCCAUCUAUACCAGGAUGCAGUAAGCGGAGGUCAUUGGGGGUGUUUGUUUCUAAAAUACACUCCUCAUACAAGCUAAUAAUCAUUCAUGUCAUUGCUUCUCUGAAUAGCUAAUACUUGUUGAAAUAUUCAGAUUUCUCUCUUUGGGAAGAUACUUUUAUUUGGAUAUCCAAAUGUGGAUUUAUAAGCUGAUGCUCAGAAACUCUUGGCUUGAAAAUUCAUAAGGUUUUUCCUGAAAUGGGAUUUGCCUUGUGUAGGGGGGGAACAAACAAGAGCCUCAAAUGCUAGGUAUUCUGAUUUUUGUGUGUGAUUGUCCUUUUGGGUGCUUACUAACUUGGAAAGUUGUCAGAGUACCCGCAUUAAGCAUGAAGACCAUAAACUACCAAAUGUAGUAAUUUGGGCAUAAUUCAGCGGUGGUUUCAGCCAUUUUUAGGCCUCAGUGAAAUGAAAUAAUGGUGUUAUGAAUAAACCCUACAGUGACUGGUAUUUUGUUGGCAGCAUUGCUAAGUAUCAUGUUGCUUCAUCUGAUUAAUGUGAAGAUGCCAUUGUACAAUUCAGCUUUCUGGGCAAGGCAGAGAAUUUCAGCAUUUCAUCCUACUUGGAAACCUCGUGGGCUGAAGUGUUAUUUAGCAGGGUCUGCAUCCAACUGAACACUCUGGCUAGCUAUGUCAUUCCCUUGCAAGGUGAGCUGGGCAAGUCAUUUCCUCCUGCAACCUCUCAGUUUCUGCACCUAUGAAAUAAUACUCCAGUCCCCUUUGCCAAGUCUUUGAGCACCUCUGAUUUUGAAACGGUUUGCUGUUGUGAUGAUCAUUUCACCCUGUGCUUCCUGCAGUAAGCACAGAAUUUCCAGUUGAUCUAGUCUUACCUGCUGACACAGAUGAACUGUGAUUUUAGACUUUCCUUCCUAUUCUUAUUUGAUGUUUGAUACUGGAUUUUUGUAGCCUGUAUUUUUGCAGUUCUUGUGUCUUUCACAAGACCAAAAUGGAUUAUCUUCCUGCACAAUGUGCACAUGUACCUUACACAGUACUGGUCAGAUUCCUUCAAUUAGCAUUUGUGCUGAGAAAGGUGUGAGAUAGGUGGAAUGAGACUGAAGUAGGCAAGGGGGUUGCAGGAAGUGGGAAAAGGAGGAGAAGGGCUGUAUUCUCUGCUGGGGAGAAGUGCCCCUGCAGUCUCAUUCUCUUGACCCUUCAAAAUCCUUUGAGAUGUGGUCUCCUGCUAGCAUAGGACUUACCAUUUUUACAGCUGAUUCGUUCUUUCCUUUCUCAGCCUUUCUCUCUCUCUCCUUACCCCCCCCACCCCGAGUGUCAGAAUAAGAAUCCACAGUUACUGUGUGAUACAGCGUGGGACUGCUCUGGCAGUAGUACGUGGUGCUUUGUGUUCCCUCUGUGUUUUUUUUCCAAAGGAAACAUGUCUGAGAGUGAAAGAAGGAAUGUGCUGGUUCUUUUUUGGUUUUUCUCAAAGUGCGAGUUUUCAGAAUUUGACCUAUUCUUGAAACACGAUCCGUUCGCUCUGGGUAGAGCUGUCUUUGCAACAGUGAGAUUGAAAGAAGUCUGGCUGUCCUGUCCUGUUACGCUGGCAAGGUUCUGAGCAACUGAUUGAUGGUAUAAUACACCCCCACGCUCAAGCAGAUCUGCGAGGUGAAGAAAAGCAGUGUUUAUUUAACAAAGCUGAUUAUUUUCUUAUGACAGCUAAUUGUCAUUUUAGACUUAUCUCCACUCCAGCUGUGGAACUGCAAAUAGAUUUAAGUACCAUCUGUGUGUUCAUCCCUCAUAAUUAGAGUUAUCCUUCAUAGAGGGGUAUAUGCUUGCAUAUUUGUCUGCAAAUCUUGAAAUGAGUGUUAAUGAAGCCACUUAGUUACUUUUUUGCUUCCAGAUUAGUACUGAAAAACUUGAUUUUUUUUCUAUACAGUGUGUGAAUGCCUCCAACAUGCAGUUGCGUGCAGUAAUUUAGCACCUUUUACUUUCAUCUAGUCCCUUCAAUUGUGCAUGAGGAAGGGGGGAAGCAGGGAGAUUGGGAGAUGUAAUCUGCUCAGAGCGUGGCUAACAACUUAUCUACAUACAGAUUUUUCUUCUCCCCCCCCAGUCUGAAAAUGUGAGUAUUCCACCCCCCCUUUUUUUUUGUCUGAAUCGAGCUUAUUUUAGUCUAGCAUUUGAAAUGACAGUCCAGGUCACCAUAUUGCUAUGUUACUAAAAGUUUAGGUUUGGGAGCCUAAAAUUAGGCAUGUGAAGCAUUGUGAGAAUACAUGAAUGCCUGAUUUAUACAUCUACUGUACAACUACAGUACCUAAAUAUGUAAUCUUUGAUUUUUUCAUAUAACUAGCAAAGGUGCUGUAAUUAUUACUAUUCUCAUAGCUGACUUGAAAUUUAGAAGAGUAGGACAGAAAUCACCCUAUCAGAUAGAAGACAACAAAGUAGGGAAAAACCUGGUAGUAGUAGAUAUACUUGGGCACAAGACAGGCCAUCUGCUUGGUGAUCUUAAUAAGUGUUAAUAUGUUUAAUUAUAGACUCCCAGCAUUGUGAGACACGGUGCAACUGGUUUGAUUUUGACUGAAUGCUCUUUCCUGCAUCCCUUGCAUGGUUUUGGUGAUACUGGGUCAGUCUGCAGUGCUGUAGGAGUACUGGCUGGAGAACAUGGGAUCCAGUAGUUCUGUAAAUGCCAACUUCAAGUACGCCCUGCAGAAGUCUGAAAACGCUUUCAAGGCAGCUGUCUUGAUCCAAAGGUGGUAUCGGCGCUACGUCGCUCGCCUGGAAAUGCGCCGGCGGUGCACCUGGAGAAUAUUUCAAUCCAUUGAGUAUGCCUGCGAGCAGGAUCAGAUCAAGCUUCACGACUUCUUCAGUUACCUCAUGGACCACUUCACGCCAAGCAGCAGUAAAGAACGAGAUUUCAUCAGUCGCAUGUUCAUAAGUGGGGAAAGCUUCAAAGAAGUGGAGCUGGAAAAAUACUGUGAUUAUGAAUCCAUGGAGGUGCCAGACUCCUACACUGGACCCCAUCUCUCCUUCCCACUCCUUCCUGACCAUGCAACUGCCUUGCUGGAAGCUUUCAAACAGAAACAACAGCUUCAUGCUCGCUAUGUCUUAAACCUUCUUCAUGAGACCAGGAAGCACCUCAAGCAGUUGCCAAACAUCAGUCACGUCUCCACCUGCUAUAGCGAGGAGGUCACUGUGUGUGGAGACUUGCAUGGCCAGUUGGAUGACUUGUUCCUCAUAUUUUAUAAGAAUGGCCUUCCUUCCCCUUCCAAGUCCUAUGUGUUCAAUGGGGACUUUGUAGACAGAGGCAAACAGUCCCUUGAGAUCCUGAUUGUCCUCUUUACCUUCCUCUUGGUCUAUCCAAAUGAGGUUCAUCUCAACCGUGGGAACCAUGAGGACCACAUGGUCAACUUACGCUACGGUUUCACCAAGGAAGUCAUGCAGAAAUACAAGGUGCAUGGAAGGAAAAUCUUGAAGAUGAUACAGAAUGUCUUCUGCUGGCUACCCUUGGCCACCCUCAUUGAUCAGAAAGUCCUGAUUAUACAUGGGGGCAUCUCUGAUACCACUGACCUGGACAUGCUUGAGAAAAUUAAAAGGCACAAAUUUGUUUCUGUACUGAGAGGGAAGAAAAGAAAGGAGUCAAAUAGAAAUGUGGAAAUACAGGAAAUAAAUGGGGAGAGCAAAGCAGAUGCCUCCCCAGCAGCGCAUGACACAGCAACCGGUCCAUCCCCGGAGCCCCGGCCGGCCCAGGCUCCCAGCAUGACCAACAGGCUGGAGUUCUCCAAGUGGGUCCGGCAGACAGUGCAGGAGCAAAUCGAGUGGUGCCGCCGGCUGGCGGACAUCAGCGAUUCGGAGGAGGAGGAGGAGCUCACCUCCUCCAGCUGUGUCUCCAUGGCUGACUUGGAUGCGCCGUGCUGGACUCGCCAGGAGGAGCAGAAGCAGAUUUUAGACAUUCUCUGGAGUGAUCCCAUGCCUCAGGAGGGCUGCAGAGAAAAUACAGUGCGAGGUGGUGGCUGCUACUUUGGGCCUGAUGUGACAGAGAAGAUCCUCGAGAAGUACAGCUUGCAGUUCCUUAUCCGCUCCCACGAGUGCAAGCACGAGGGCUACGAGUUUUGUCACAACCGGAAGGUUCUGACCAUUUUUUCAGCCUCAAACUAUUACGAGAUUGGCAGCAACAGGGGAGCUUAUGUGAAACUGGGGCCGGACCUGGUCCCCCAUUUUGUUCAGUACCAAGCGAACAAGACAGCCCAUACUCUCACCAUGACCCAAAGAAUCAGCCGAGUAGAGGAGUCAGCUUUUCGAGCCUUGCGGGAAAAGCUCUUUGCUCACACGUCAGGCCUCAUCAGUGCAUUCAAGGCCUACGAUAAGGAUGGUACAGGAAGGAUCACGCUGAGCAACUGGGCGACAGCCGUGGAAUCUGUCUUGCGUCUGGGAUUGCCGUGGCGAAUGCUGCGACCGCAGCUGGUGCGCAGCACGGCAGACGGCCUGCUGGAGUACAAAUCCUGGCUCGAGGACUUGGCCGUGGAGCAGCGGAGCCAAGAGCACAUCCAGUCGGGCUUGCUGGAAGUCAUUUAUCGAAACAGAUCCAACUUGGAGACCAUAUUCAGGAUCAUAGACAGAGAUCAUUCAGGCCUCAUCUCAUUUGAGGAAUUUCACCAAACCUGGAAGCUGUUCAGCUCCCACAUGAACAUUGAACUCACGGACGAUGGCAUCAAUGACUUAGUUCGCAGCAUUGAUUUCAAUAAGGACGGAAACAUCGACUUCAACGAGUUCCUAGAAGCCUUCCGCCUUGUGAAGCAGUCGCAGGAGUGAGAAGAGAGCAGCGCUCCUGUCAGCCCUCGCUGGAUCGCCACGUCCAAUGCCUUGACUGUCUACGAAGCUUUCUACCUAACCGCAGAAUGUGCCUGCAGAUGCGAAGCCGUGUAGGGAAAGGGAGGUCAGGUACAUGUAGCAUGUCUCCGAUGAAAGCAGUGAUUACCCCAGUAAACAGAAGCGUUCUAUUUUGAGAAGGUAACUGGUAAAAUAGGUAAGCUGCACUUCAGUUCUGACAAUUUUUGAAAAAGGACCUGUGUUUUGAGUAGAUAUCUCCACUCAGAGGAAAUUGCAAUUUAAUCUCUCUUGGGAAUGCAUGUGAUGAUGAUACUUUUACAGGUCUAUUCAAAUUUAGUAAAAUAGGAGUAAGACUGUUUCUUGUAGGCCCUGUUUUGACAACUAUUAGACUACAGCCUUCUCCUUAAUAAACAAUUUUUUCAAUUGC